GCGGAUUUUUUUUUCCGACAUUACCGUCGCACUAUCACGUCCUGCACCCAGCCGUAUCUAUAUACAAGUACACAUUGGGUUGAUUUAGGUAUCGUCCGUGCGCACAGUCCAACAGUACGUAUCUAUAUACUGUCCAUUACAAGAAUGCCCAAGUCCUUAAUUGUACGUUAUGAAAAUGAUGAAAAGAGUCCGUGAGUUUGUCCGGCGUUCAGUUACUGCGAAACAACAGCUCGCCGAGUCAGCAAAAAAAAGACCAAACAUUCACCUGCGUGGCAUUGGCAUUGAUCCUUCCAAUCGCUAUCCCUUGCCCGUUAGUCAGUUUAUUGAAUGCGGUCAAUGCAAUGUUGAAGCCAGCCGCUCCCGUGUCGAUGGCGAGGACAUUUAUGCUGGUGCCGUUGAAGGCGAGCCGCCAGCAUGUGCCGCAGGCAGGUGAGUUCCACCCGCCGACGGCGGGUGCUCCACCGAUAUUGGGGAAGGAGGGGAGGGACCCAAAGGUGGUGAAUCCUGUGAUGUGUUAGCGAUGACAUAACAAGGAAUGACGGGACGAAUCAUACCCUUCGUUAGCAGGCCGUUCGAGCCAUCAGAGCAAGCCACGGUGGCAAGCGAGUUCGAGCUUUGGUCGUAAACUUGGUCAUAGGAUACGCUGACAGUAGCAGCAAGAGCGGCGGGCACGACGAAAAGAGCGGUCAAGAAUGUAGUGUAUUUCAUACUGUUCGAAGUUGGUUUGAGAUUUAGCUACGAAGCUGAAGACCAUUCUCGUUCAAGCAAGUGGUUUUAUAGCA